AUGGGCGACCCUAUCAGCAUCAUCGGACUCGCCAUCGCAGUGGUCGACGGGCUUUGGAAAAUUGGAAAUGGGACUGCAGAACUCAUUGCAGACUUCCGCAGCGCUGGAAAUGACACGAGGUCGUUGGGGAACAAGGUUAGCAACGAGAACAACCGUACUCUCGCUCUUCGAUGUCUCCUAUUCCAGCCAUUGCCGAUCUAUGGGAAUCAAACUCUCUUUGAGAAGUUCGACAAAGAGGUCCAGAACGAGAUCCAAAUCUUUUUCGAGGAUCUUCGCGCUACUAUAGACCAAGCAUACCAACUGCUUCUGCACCGGAGCGGCAGAAUCGGCGACAACGAAGCCACCAGCAGUAUCCAUAAGCUUACUCGCCAAAAUAACUCCAGUAGCUCGCUGCUGUCUCUACAACAUUGGCAAUGGACUCUCAAAGACAAGAAGCGCGUGGAAGCUAUCAUAGAUCGGUACGGGGAGCUCAACAGGCGCAUCACUGAGAACAUCAAACUUUGGUGCUUGGCCACAUCCAUAGGGGUGAACUUGCAGCAUCUCCACAGGCUUCGAGACGAUGAGAAUGCACAAGCCCUCGGGUUCAACGUCGACGCUACAUUACAGCUCGCAACCACAGAUCCUGGACCUCCUAUAGAGACGCUCGAGCUUGGCAGCGUUGUAUUAACACAAGCACUGCAUGAAGCACGCGUUGUGGAAGAAAGGUUCGGCAUUCUCACCUACAACGGGGAGACGCUUCUCAUCGGCUAG